GCUAUGUCCAAUGGGGUCUACGUGCCACCCAGUGCGGCCAACGGGGACGUGAAGCCAGUGGUCUCCACAACACCGCUGGUGGACUUCCUCAUGCAGCUGGAGGAUUACACACCCACGAUCCCAGAUGCUGUCACAGGCUAUUACCUCAACAGAGCAGGAUUCGAGGCCUCUGAUCCACGCAUCAUUCGUUUGAUCUCUCUGGCCGCACAGAAGUUUAUUUCUGACAUUGCAAAUGAUGCGCUGCAGCACUGCAAGAUGAAGGGAACAGCCUCAGGCAGCUCCCGCAAUAAGAGCAAGGAUAAGAAGUACACGCUGACAAUGGAAGACCUGACACCAGCACUUGCAGAAUAUGGCAUCAAUGUGAAAAAGCCACAUUACUUCACAUAA